UAACCAGCCUUCUUCUUUCUGAACGAAAAGCACCCGAGGCUUCGAUCGGAGGAAAAUGCAUUCAGCGAGGGGGAAGCGAUGAUGGCCGCGAAGCAGCCGCCGUCCGGCGACGGCUUCGCCUCCCAGAUCGCCGGCAUGUCAAAGAGCCAGCUCUACGAAGUUAUGUCCCAGAUGAAGAUUCUGAUCGAGCAGAACCAGGAGCAGGCGAGGCAGAUCCUCAUCGACAACCCUCUCCUGACGCGAGCUCUCUUCCAGGGGCAAAUUAUGCUUGGAAUGCUGCAGCCUCCUCGAGUGAUGCCUAACAUCCAGCAGGGUUUAUCACAACCACAAUCGGCACAGGUGCAGCAGCCAAACGUUCAAACUUCUCAACCACCGCCAGUACAAGCUGGACUGCAGAAUCAAGCUAGUUCACCUCAAACCUCAUUAUCUGGUAGACAGCAACAUCCCACUCAACCAUCCAUUCCAUUGCCAUCUGCUUCAGUUCCCCCGUUGAACUUUCAGUCGCAGACCAUGCCAUCAGAUUCCCCACAUUCAGCACAACAAAUUAAGAGUUUUCUGAAUGCUCAAGCUCCUUUAUCACUUCCACAAUCUUCUCAGAUCCAUAACCUUACUCUUCCCCCCCUUUCUGCUCCUCCACAGCUCUCUUUACUUCCAUCCCAUAUGCCUAUUGUUUCUGGCCAGACACAGCAACCUUUGCAGACUCCUGGACUAUUUAAUCUGCCACUUCAACCACCUUUGCCGCAGCAACCAAGGCCACCUUCCAUGCAGCCUUUUUCUCAUCUGCUUCAUUCACAGAUGCCUCAUGCUCUUGGUUUUCAACCAUCAAGUGCACCUCAACAGCUUUUAUCACAAACUUCAUUUCCUUCAGGUAGCAAUCCUUCAUCUUCCUUCCCACAAGGACAACUGCCGCUACCAAGUCAACCACUACCCCUGCAGCUUUAUCAGGGUGGUCCACAUAUAGGUCCAGAUUAUAGCAAUCAAGCUGGGACAUCCGUUCAAGCUGAAAGAGGAGCUGCUUGGGCACCCAGCCUGCCUGAAAAAGCAACUCCUGGGCCCCAGUUGCCGGGACCACCAUCAUUGAUUUCGGCACAGACCGCUUCAGGCACAGGUGGUCAGCCACCUCGUCCACCGCCGUUGACGCCUGAGAUGGAGAAGGCUUUAAUUCAGCAAGUCAUGAGCCUUACCCCGGAACAAAUCAAUCUUCUGCCUCCUGAGCAGAGACAUCAGGUGCUUCAACUACAGGAAAUGCUAAGAUAGUGAUGAAACUGGCACUUCGUGUAGCGUGGAAUGGCUUUAUUGGAACAGAUAUGCAGUAUAAUGCUGGAGAAUUAAGGUCGGCCUUUUACGGUGUAAGGAGUGCCUUUUCUUUAUUGUUCACUGAACCAGUAACAGGCUGUUCGCAACUGAGCCGUGCUUGACAGCUGGUCGCUAACCUAUCAAUGAUCUAGGUUUCUAAUAGGUGCAGAGCCUGUUAUAUCUAUUCAUAUUGAUCUUCUUCCCUUUUUUUUUUUUAAUGUCACACUAGUUGGUAUAUCAUUUCUGCUAUUUUCUCGUCGGUUGUUAAAUUUCGAUGCCUUGUAUUUUUGGGAUAAAGGUUGUUCAAGAUGUGUGCAAAGACCUGUGAGUGAAGGCAUUUGAGUUUCCUUGAAGCUUCAGUAGGAGAGGAGAAUUAAUAGAAGAUUGAUAUUUCUGAAAGUAGCACAUACAGAAUAUUCAGACCCAAAUCGCAUGCUAUAAGAGUAGCUGACAAAUUUUGCCCUACUAAAUCACAGUCGGGUUUGUGGGUAAUUUAACUACAUAUCAAUGGUCCUUCGUUGAUGCAAUUUUGUUUUGUGCUCACAAUUUUUGCCCAAGUAAUUUCUUAAAUGUUCAUCCUGGAAGCCUUGGACACCAUCCUGGUGCUUUAAAAUUGUACGUGCUAUGAUGGUGUUAAAUUUUCGUC